GGCAAUAAUGAUAAUAGGGUAGUAGAAAUAUCAAAGGAAAGUCUGGACAUCACCCGGCACGAAGAAGAAGGCUUUAAUAAUGCGCGCAGGCCGCUCCCAUCGAUGAAUUUGAAUCUCGGCAUGCGAGAUUUUUAGCCGCCGGCUCUUCGGUUGGCAAAUCCCGACCGAUGUUGCGAGGCCUUUCCUUCUCGUUCGUCGUUGCUUGGAGAGAAAAGAUUAUUACAGUAGUUUUUGUCACGGUUUAAAAGUCUCCUUUUUUGAAUGUCGGUUUGAGUACGAGUACAAGGUACUCGUACUAGUACGUACUCAAAUUCGUACAGGGAUUGAAAAUUGUACUGUACUGUAAAUUCGUUCCGUCCCAUAUUUUCGAUGUUCUAUUGCAACACAUCCCUGGCGUCAGAUUACUUUUCAUUGAUACCCUUAACUUCUAUCUUAAAAAUUAGGAAAAUUAGUAUCGAGGAGCUCUGAAUAUCCGUGCAAACGACAACCAUUCGAAGACUAUUCAAUAUUGCUACGACAUAAAUCUGAAUACGAAACAAUCAAGCAUGUCCCGAUCUCCCCUUGCCGCCCCAAUAGCACCACGUCCAGCUCGAGCCAACUGGCGGACAGCAACCAAGCGCCAAAUCCUGGGUAACUUCCAACAAGGUAGCCCGUCGAUGUCCUCGUUAUCAUCCGCCAAGAUUGAUGGAAGCAACACUGAUCAUAUCCAAAUGUUGAUCGGUGGAUUGCAAGAAAAGCACGACCAGAUGAUCGCUUUUCUCAAAUCAGAUUUGGACGACUGCAAACUCGAACAGGAAGAGGUUUUAUCCACUGGCCUGAUCAAGCUUCCCAAGGCCGUCCGAAACAUGUCUGUCAGAGAUUUCAAUCGGCAGCACGGCUGCGAUUUGUUGGCACUGCUCAAGAGCAAGGACGGGGUGAUCUUAUCGAAGAACAGCGUCAACGGCAUCAACAACAUCCCCAAACACCCCAAUAAUACGACGGCCUGUAUGAUAGAUGCAAACAAGAAACGAUGCUAUGAAACUCCUGCACCACGAAUGAGACGUCCUGGUGCUCCCAUGGGCACCAUCCUUCGAACCGCUCGACGAGGAGAGGAACUAUAGUAAGUAUUCAAUUCUAAAGUUUUGAGGUAAAUCUGUGGGAAUCGAAUGCCAAAAUAUUGCAUGACGAGAAAGUGAAGGUUGUGAAGUACUGGUUGUUCGAACUAAUGUAGAUUUCAUGUCUCAUCGAAGUUGCUCAUCGUAAUCGUUACUUUUCCGAUCUUUCGCAUGUAUUUUUCUAGUUCCCAAAACGGAUCCCCCGUCGCGGCCACCGAGCCAGGUACCGUCAUUGCCACUGUAUGUAAGAAGCGACGAGGCAAUGAAUCAGCCAACGUCGAGAUCAACAUCGGGGAGGGCCAAUACAUUUCUCUCAACGACCCUAGUGGCAUAUCAGAACUCGAUGCCCAAAUGAAACAGACGGCUGCCAGCCAACUCAAGGUCCUUCAGGAUCAAAUGGCAAGUUUGAUGGCCCAGCUACAGCACUAAAAAAAUGUGGCGAAGGAUUAUGGCCUACUCACGACUGGAUAGCAGUCAAUCUAAAGCAAAACAAUUGAUAAUGAAUACUUAUCUGUAAA